AUGAAUAAUGAGAUAAAGAAGGAAUUUCUGCAAAAAUACAAACUUGAUAACUAUUCCAGAGCUGUUCCUGCGAGUAAACAUCAAGGAAAAACAGCAUUACUUGCUGAAUACUGUGAACCCAUUGACAGUCAGACUUUUCAUGGUGGUGCCUUAAAAGAAAGUGAUGGCUACAGUUCUGAUCCUGAGAAAAGAUAUGCACAGCCUCAGGAUGCCAUAGAUGUUCAGAAAGUAAAACAAACAAAAAUAAGAGCAAAUCAAAGCGAUGAUGAUGAACUUUAUCAACUAGCACAGCAGCCUGCAGAAGAGUACGGUGCGACCCCACACAGGAAACCAUCUCCCAAACCACGAUCUGCCAGACACACACAGCUGCAGCAACAGAAUUCAGCACCGCUGCGGGCAAAUGGUUCAACAGAAGCUUGCUCUACAGAACUGAUUAAAGACAACAGUGCUGUUAUGUCUCCUGACUUGAGCGCUGAGGUUCAGGUGAAAAAGAAGAGACCUGGAAAGAAGGUGGUAGAGAUAGAGUAUGAAGUAGCCUCAGAAAUCCGCCUCAGUAAGGCUGGUGAUCCAUCUUCAGUAAAGUCAAACCAUGAGCAAGGACCUAUUAAAUCUGGUGUUAACCCGAGCAAACAGGUCCAACCAUCACCACAUACCUCUCCAAGUUCUAUAACUUCAGCAUUUGUGGCACCUCAGCAGUCCCAGUACACACACUCAGCAAGUAUCAGCAAAGCCCAGGCACCUUCUAUAGACAAUGAAGUUGCUUAUGAAGAACCAUGGGAUUUGAAAAUGAAGAGAUUGAAACUAGAACAAGAAAAGAAGGCAGCGAAAAGGUUAGCAAAGAGAACUGACAAACUGCCUGGUAUUCCGAAAACUGGAACAUAUGAGCAUGCUUGGGAGAGUGCUGCUCAGCCACUGAAGCCAGAAGAAAAGAACUAUGCUCGAAGUCUGUCUCAAACUUCCGAAGCUGAAGUCUUCCAUGACGCCUUAGAUAGCUUUUCAGAUCAAAAGUCAGAAGUAGUAUCCGUUGAGAGUACAGAUCCAGAUAAAAAUACUUCUGGGAAAUUGAAGCCACUACCCCAAAAUACUUAUGAAGAUGCCUGGGAUCUUAAAAAUAGCCUCCUUGAAAUGAAAAUAAGGGAGAUGCAACUCCAGGCUUCAGCAAUUUACGAGGAGCCAUGGGAUUCAAGCAAGCAGCAGAAGCAGCUUAAAGCUAAGCAUUGUGUCAGUAGCUCCGUGCCAGUGGGAAACAGUGAGGCUGACAAAAUUGUGAAGCCAAGAUCUGACACACAAGAACCUCCUCGAGAAGAGAGUGAAUCAGUGGCUCCAUCUACAAGAAAGCAUCACAACCAUGGUGAAACAUCAGCCAAAUCUAGAGGCCAUGGAUGUAAUAUUGGACAGCGCAUUAAUCCUAUGAUACCUCUUGCUUGCCAAAACUGGUACCAUGGUAAUAUCAGCAGAGAAGAUUCCGAGAAGAUGCUUUGUGUGUGUAAAGAAGGAAGUUACAUCGUUCGCAUUAGUUCAGACAGACGAUCAUAUUCGCUGUCCAUUAAGAGCGUCAGACAGUAUAUCCAUGUCCAGAUUGAUCAGAAAACAAAUGAAGAUGGAAGCAUCUGUUACAUUUUGGGCAAAAACAGCAAGGAAUUUAACACAAUCCCAGAGAUGAUAGACUACUACACCCAUCACAGAGUGCCUUUGAAAGGAGCUGAACACAUCACGUUAUUACAUCCAGUCGAGUGCAAGUGGUCAUAG